AUGGCGCAAGGGAAUCUACAAAAAGUCGAGAUUCUCCAGGGCAGCUGCGUCGAGGCUGGCACGUCGACAGCAAAAAUGGUCUAUUUACCGCCAACCGAGGCACAGUAUAAUGAGAUCCUCGCUAGACUCGACGAAAUGACCUCCAGGGUUGAGAGGAUAGAGAGCCGACUGGAGACUCGAAUACAACGACAUGAGGUUCGAAUCCGACGCCUCGAGCGCGGCAUAACAUGGGCUAUUCAACGAAUCAAGUGGCUGUCGCAGUCGGUGACCGCGCUGGGAGAGAUUGUCAGGACCAACUCCGGCACUCUUCUAUCCUUUUUCAAUCUUUCUCAUGAGUCAACGUGA